AGCUGGAGGUUUAGAAAGAGAUGUUAACGUUGAACACUCCCUGACUUUAGACGUAGUAGUUAAAUAGAUGGUACUUUUGCAUGUUAUAUAUGAAAGAAAAGAAAAAUCGUCUGUUGAUAAACCAAUCUAUUCAGAGGGCGGUUAAGCCUCGCUACUAUAUGGAAUUACCCAAUUAGGAAUUACUCAUGAUACUUAUUCGAAUAAAGAAACGCAAGGAUCAAAGUGAACUCUUUCGAAUAAAUUUCGCAAAUAGUAUUGAUUUGUUUACUGCUGCAUGAUACAAAGUUUAAGUAGUAUCUGAAUUCAUUGAAAGGUGAUUGUUUACUUGUUACUUUUAAUAUGAAAAGGAAAAGAAACUUGAGAUACGUACUCAAGUAGGCGUGACGCUUAAAUGCGUAGACAGAACACUCAAAUCUCGAAAUACCAAUUUGAAACGUAUUAAACUUUAAACUGUUGCACCACAUAGCUUUUGUAAACAGUGAUUUGUGUGUUUUGGAUUUUUUCCCGUAACACAUAUAAGCAUGGGUGCUACCUUUUCCAUAGUGUUAAGUGUUAUUGGAGCUGUACUUGUAAUAGCGGUCAUUAUCGCUGUAAUAUGUUGCUGUAGACGGUCACCAGGACAGCGAGGUCAAGUCAACCAGCUUGGUAAUGCCCCGGAAAUGAUAGGGCCAAAUGUUCAGGUCAUAGCAAUGCCACCAUAUCAUACAUCAAUACCUCCGACAUAUUAUCCACAGACAGUCGUAUACAGUGGCGGGACCAAUCAACAAACCACAAAUGUACAUGGCACAUCGCCUAGCUUGAAUGGUCACACUCACAUCGCGCAUGCGCAGCUUAAAACCACAGAAUCCCCGCCAAAUUACGAGUCCCUGUCCUUUCAAUCUAACAAUACGUCAAACACAACGCAUGUUCCACAGCCAUCAUCAACUACUGAGCAUGAAGAUAACACAUACCAACCACUUGCUCACCGGGAGAACAGAACAGAUACAGAUUACACCCAAAUACCGUCGUCAAUCAACACUUAUUUAACUCUGACAAACGACGGAGGACAUUUGCAAAACAACGACAAUAAUAACAGGGACAGUUACGAAGUGACCGAAACAUCAACUGGAAGUUACCUAACAAUGACACAGGCUGAUAGCCAAGCAGAAGGCAGUGAACAUCCUGCCAGGGACAGUUAUUUAGUGCCCCAACCCUCAGGAGGAAGUUACCUGACGAUGCCGACAGCUAAUGAACAAGUACAAAACAGCAUUGCUCCUGCCAAUGACAGUUACCUAGUGCUUCGACCAUCUAGUGACUCCCAAUAUGAAAGUAUAAACGACUACAGCUAUUCGUGUUCAUAGUGUGACUCUGGUGUUAUAAUAGUAACGUUCUUGAUAAAUGGCACUUAAAACAGAACAAAAGGAAACCUAACAUUACAGUAACAUAGAACACACUGUAAUAUCACAUCUUGAGAUGUAAUUAAACUAUGAAUGUGACAUUUUUGAUGAUAAGUUUUCGAAUGGAGAAUAAACCUCUUAAAAUUCAUUCAUGGUCUGACGUUUCGCUUUGGACAUUUGUAAGGAAAUUAACAAACCAGUUCUGCCCACCCAAAUAAUCAACGGCCACAAGAAACAAUAAAACAGCUACACGACCAAACCGAUCAUUUCCAGGGGUAAGAAAGAGCAAGACAUAAACGGCACCCAGGAAAACAUCUAAAGUAGCAAGAAGAGCAAUACACGAACGGUACCCAGUCAAAUUUCUUCAAUAGCAAAAAAGCAAUACACAAACAGAACCCAAUAAAACACAUCCAGCAGCAAGAGCGACCAAACCAGUUACACCAAGCAAACAAUGUCAGCAGCAAGAAUGAACAAAUCACUAUAGUCACCAGUCAAAUAAACUCAAACUUUAACAUAUCUUAAUCAUCAUUUCUAAUCAUUUUUACUACCACAAGAAGCAAGAACGAGCGAAACGCCAAUGGAGCCAAACCUUUCCGACAUCUAAAACGAGCAGACCAUCAGUACUCCACAAAUUAUAUCCAGCAGCAAGAAAGAAAAAUAACAGCACCAAGCCAAACCUUUCCAUCCUAAGUCUCGACACUGAAAUAAAACUUGUACUGCAACCUUUCAUUCAUCUUAAGGACUACACAAUUAAAACUUUGAUUGUGAAGGUUCCAACGCAAGAAAUCGCAAGGACGUUUGUUUCUGAUGCGCCAUGUUUAUUUCCAACAUCGAUUGGACUGUAAUUCAAAUAUUUAUUCUUUAAAUGUGUAUACUUUUAGUAGGACAUUAAAUUUUGUUGUCCAGUUCGUGAGUUGGCGUAUAGACGAAUUCAAAAUCCCAACGGAAAUUCGACCUUUAGUUCUGAAAUCAUAGUAUCUAUGUAAAAGCGUAUACAUGCAUUCACAUAAAUGGACGAAUAAACCACUUAUAAGAACAUAAAGUUAUUUAACUGCUUAUAUGUUCUAUACCUCAAUGAUUUUAAAUUAAAGUCAAUCAUUAUUACUUGCAGUAAUCUCGUAUGUUUAAGCGCAUCCGCUUGAUUUUGUUUCUUUGAUAAAAUGUUAAAUCGAUCAUUUUAUUAAACACCCAUACUAUGUUUUCACAGUUUGCAAAAACGAGUUCGUAUUACCGCAUAAAAUCAAGUAUGUUUUACUGCCUAAAAUAAAGUAUGUAUUACUGUCUAAAAUAAAGUAUGUAUUACUGUCUAAAAUAAAGUAUGUAUUACUGCCUAAAAUACAGUUCGUAUUACUUUCUGCCUAAAAAAAGAUUGUUUUACUGCCAAAAAUACAUUCUGUAUAACUGUCUAAAAUAACAGUUGUAUUACUGCCUAAGAUAAAGUAUGUACAACGUCAAAAAUAAAGUAUGUAUUACUGCCUAAAAUAAAAUAAAUAUUACUGCCUUAAAUAGAUAUGUAUUACUGCUUUAGAAAAUGUUUUUAUUACUGCUUGAAAUAAAGUGUGUAUUACUGCCUAAAAUAAAUAUGUAUUACUGCCUUAAAUAAAGUAUGUAUUACUGCCUUAAAUAAAGUUUGUAUUAUUGCCUAAAAUAAAGUAUGUAUUACUGCCUUAAAUAAAGUUUGUAUUAUUGCCUAAAAUAAAGUAUGUAUUACUGCCUUAAUUUAAGUUUGUACUACUGCCUAAAAUAAAGUUCGUAUUACUGCGUUAAAUAAAGUUUGUAUUACUGCCUUAAAUAAAGUUUGUAUUACUGUCUAAAAUAAUGUUUGUAUUACUGCCUAGAAUAGAGUUUGUUUUACUGCCUAAAAUAAUGUUGUUAUUACUGCCUAAAACAAAGUUUGUAUUAAUGCCUAAAAUAAAGUUUUUAUAACUGC